AGUAACAGUUUUCUUCGAGUAAUUUCGGGAAAGCAAGUAGCCUUUGUUUAUGCACCAUUAAAGUCUUCCAAUAAUUGUUAGCAUAUGUGGGAUAAACGUAACCGUACAAACUAAUAUAACUUGAGUCUAAGAAAUAAACUAAAUUGUCAAUAUGCUGCUGUGGGUUAAAUCGAAAAUUAUUAGUUCAGCCCAAAAGCUCCAUCUAUAUUCAAUAAGAGAGAUAUUUCACAUUUUAAUUAUCCUUAGCAUAGAAAUACAGAUAUUGUGCGGCGCAGAAAGGAAAGAGACUGCAAGUUUUACAUAUAUGGAUACAGCAGAAGUUCCAAUUAUAUUAAAGGAUAUUCAAUCUAAAUGUUCCGCAGAGUUCGUAACUACAACGACCACCGAUAAAAAUCAAAUUAAUAGUAAUAACAAUUUUCGUUCGACAAUUUAUACAGGGUAUGAGGAAGGAAAACGUAUCAUUAAUAAAUCAGAUUCUUCAAUAAAUACUAAAUUUGUCAGAUUGACCUCUACACCGUCUUCACAAGAUAUGAUUUCUGUGAUUCUUCCUGGUGACAUCAUACUAGGUGGUCUUUUUCCGGUACAUGAAAAAGGAGAGGGAGUUCCGUGUGGACCUAAAGUCUAUAACCGUGGUGUGCAUCGACUCGAAGCCAUGUUGUACGCCAUCGAUCGAGUUAAUGAUGACUCAACUUUACUACCUGAUAUUACGUUAGGCGUCCAUAUACUUGAUACUUGUUCUCGUGAUACAUAUGCUUUGAAUCAGUCACUGCAAUUUGUGCGCUCAUCCUUAAAUAAUUUGGAUGCGUCAGCGUUUGAGUGCACAGAUGCUUCUGUGCCACAUUUAAGAAAAAACGCUUCAUCAGGACCGGUGUUUGGUGUAAUUGGUGGUUCCUACAGCUCCGUUUCGCUUCAGGUAGCUAAUCUACUUCGACUAUUUCAUAUACCACAAAUAUCUCCAGCAUCAACAGCUAAAACGUUAUCGGACAAAACACGUUUCGAUUUAUUCGCCCGCACCGUCCCCCCUGACACGUUUCAGUCCAUAGCUCUUGUCGAUAUUAUAAAAUGCUUAAACUGGUCCUAUGUUUCUACAAUACACUCAGAAGGCUCUUAUGGAGAGUAUGGCAUUGAAGCUUUCCAUAAAGAAGCUUCUGAACGCAAUCUUUGCAUAGCUGCUUCGGAAAAGGUGCCUAGUGCAGCUGAUGACAAAAUAUUUGAUAGUAUCAUUGCGAAACUACAAAAAAAACCUAGCGCUCGAGGAGUGGUACUUUUCACAAGGGCAGAGGAUGCCCGACGUGUACUAUUGGCGGCAAAGCGUGCCAACUUGUCGCAUCCUUUUCAUUGGAUCGCAAGCGAUGGAUGGGGAAAGCAACAAAAAUUACUUGUUGGGCUGGAAGAUAUCGCAGAAGGAGCUAUAACAGUGGAACUACAAUCCGAAAUCAUUGAAGAUUUUGAUAGAUACAUGACACAGCUAACCCCUUUAACAAAUACACGAAAUCCAUGGUUCGAGGAAUAUUGGGAGGACACUUUUAAUUGUGUACUUUCAAAAAAUUACAUCCCGUCAAAUCUACAAAAGCAUGACAUAAGUAUGCAAAAAACGAAGCGCUUAGCAUCUAACCACAAUAACGAUUUCAAAUUAUACGCAUCAUCAACGAUAAACAAUCAUAGUCGCUUAUGUGAUGAAAGCCUUCGUCUUUCGGAUAAAGUUGGAAACGGACAACUAAAUCGGAUCACGGCUUUAAGUCCAAAGAAAUCCCGCCGAAGUCCAGAACGCAAUAGCAGCGGAAAUAGUCUGAAGAACCAUCGAGGGAUACUACACUAUACACCGCACCCACAUACCCAGCGGUUAUAAUUCAGCACUUCGUGAAGGGCGGCCCAAUAUGUUUAAGCGAGCGCUUAACAGAGCAUCAAC